AUGAAUAUUCUUCUCUUCUUCAUACUUUUCACCGCCACCGCCGACGCAAUCGAAAUUCCGACAACUGCCACUAUCCCAACAAUUUCCAUCGGAAUCUUGUGCUCCACUUGCGAAUCGUUCAUUGGGACUGUUCAGGAAAAGUUUCAGGACUAUGCGCCAUCCGAGGAGACGGGCGAAAUGUUGGUGAGUUUGAGAACUCUUCAAUAUUUAUAAGUCGAUUGAGAAAAAGAGAAGUAGUGAACUUUGAACGAGUACUGGCCAGUUGCGAAACGUCCGAUUGCUCUCAAAAUUUUUUUCUGAAAAUUUCAAGUCUAGUACUACAUUUUUUUUGGGCCGACGCCUCGGAAUGAAACGGCGUUUGUCGCCUCCAUCUCCCUAACUUUUCCUAUUUUCAGAUCGGGUUGUGUUCCAGCUUUUUCGGUUUCGUCGCGUUCAUGGAAAACCAGUGUCGUACGUGUGUGACCAAAGAUUUGGAAACUCUGAAAAGUGCGCUGAGCGCAAACGAGUCGGCCAACGCAAUUUGUGCAAAGUAUCUCAAACUUUGUUGA